ACUAACCAAUCUUCUUAACUAAGAUUAAUCUCUUAAUUAAGACACUUAAUUUAAUAAAAAAAGAAACAAAAUGGAAGCCGUGGGAGAAUGGAGCAACAACCUCGUAGGAAUGUACACAUAUGCAACCGAAGAAGCUGAUUUCAUGAACCAGCUCCUCGCCUCCUACGAUCAACCUGCCACCGGGUCAGCCUCUGGCACAACCGGUGGAGACCACCAGGGCUUGUAUUGGAGCCUUGGCUCUCAUCACAACCACCUUACUCUCAUGCAUGAAUCCAGUAGCUUCUGUUUCUCUGGGGAGAGCAGCAGCUACAGCGUUGGGAACAGUGGAUACUACGGGGUGGUACCACCCGCGGUUGAAGAGAGCAACAAUGGGUCAAUGGACUUUGGGAUGGAAGAUGUGACCAUCAACACCAACUCUUACCUUGUUGGUGAGGAGACAAGUGAGUGUGACGUUGAAAAAUACUCAUCUGGAAAGACUCUUUUGCCCUUGGAAACCGUCGUUGAGAACCACCAUGAGGAUGAGAGCAUCUUGCAAUCCGAAAUCUCUGUGACUACUACGGAUCAUCAUCAGAAAUCUCUCACCGGUUCCAAGAAGAGAUCACGUGCGACAUCGGCUGAUAAAAACAAGAGAGCAAAAGUGGGUAAGAGAGGUCAAAAGAGCAUAGAAAUGAGUGGUGAUACCAACAAUGGAGGAGAAGAUGAAGAAAGAAGGAAGGUGAAGAAAACAAAGAGUGGGGCUAUAAUGAGUAGACAGAACUCAAGCACCACUUUCUGUUCCGAGGAAGAAUCACAAUGUCCUUCUCAGGACGUUGGAGGAGAAGAGGAAGAAGAUGCCUCCAAGGCCCUCAACCUUAAUGGCAAGACCAGAGCCAGUCGUGGUGCUGCCACCGACCCUCAAAGUCUUUACGCAAGGAAAAGAAGAGAAAGGAUAAACGAGAGAUUGAGGAUUUUGCAAAAUCUGGUCCCAAAUGGAACAAAGGUUGAUAUCAGUACAAUGCUUGAGGAAGCCGUCCAUUACGUAAAAUUUUUGCAGCUUCAAAUUAAGUUAUUAAGCUCUGAUGAUCUAUGGAUGUAUGCGCCGAUUGCUUUUAACGGAAUGGACAUUGGCCUCAACCCACCGAGAUGA